UAUGUGUGUUAUGAAGAUAAACUGAGACAGUACCAUGCCUGUGUGGCUGAGAUGAAGCAGAGAGAAGCUGAAGUUCCUCCUGACCCUGAGAAGCUGCUCCCUCAACGCCUGUUCGUCAUCGAAGAUCGCCACAUUAAGACCAAACACGCAAGUGUGUAUCCGUGUGCAGAGGAGCUGCAGGCCGUGCAGAACAUGGUUUCCCACCUGGAGAAUGGAUUGAAGAUCGUCGGUAACUGGCUAAAUAGACAAGAGGCUGCGAGUGGGGGUAAUAAGCUGCAGGGGGUGAAAAGAGUGGGGUUGGUGGCAAAGGGUCUGUUGCUGAAACAGGAUAUGGAUCUCGAACUUGUGGCUCUGUGCAGCGACACACCGACUCAAAAACUCCUGAACAUCAUCAGCACCAAACUUCAGGAAGUGAUGAAGGGUCAGAUGGAGGGCGAGUACGUGAUCACUCCGGCCGUUGAAGAAGCUGCUGUAACAGUGCGAACCGUUACAGAACCGAUUCUAACCAUGAAGAUUCAUCUCACAUCUUCUGUAGUGAGAGAGCAGAGGGAGCGUGGUCAAGCCAGAGAAGCUCCGCCCGGCGCUCUGGACACAAACAAAUGCCUGGAGUCUCUCGCGUCUCUGCGCCAUGCCAAGUGGUUCCAGGCUAAAGUUAAUAACCUGCACUCAAGUGUGAUUGUCAUCCGCAUCCUGAGAGAUCUGUGCACCCGAGUCCCAACCUGGACCCCCCUCAAAGGAUGGGUGUUGGAGCUCCUGUGUGAGAGAGCGAUAUCUACGAGUGAUCGGCCGAUGGGACCAGGAGAGGCUCUGAGGCGAGUGCUGGAGUGUGUCGCAUCUGGAAUACUACUGGAGGAUGGUCCCAGUAUUUAUGACCCAUGUGAGAGGGCAGGUGUGGAUGCGAGCUUCCAUCUUACCCCCCAGCAGAGGGAGGACAUUACCCAGAGUGCACAGUUUGCUUUGCGGCUCAUGGCGUUUGGACAAAUCCACAAAGUGUUGGGGAUGAACCGCCUGUCACCCAAAGUGGGACACAUGUACAGCGACACACUCCUCUCCCAAACCGCAGUGCCUGGACUGUGUGUGAUGAAACGACCACUGGAGUCGGCCACAGAUGAAGAGGCAAGCAGCAGUAAAGUUCCUCGUAAAGAGAUUGUAAUUGAGCCCAGUAAUGCUGUAAUGAUGCUGAAUCAGCUGCAUCCAGGUUUGCUGUAUCGGCUCAUGUCCCAAACGGGUCCCGAACACAGUCCACACUUCACCAUGGCCAUCGAAGUGAAGGGAAAAACAUACGAAGCGACAGGACCAUCAAAACGCAACGCCAAACUACUCGUCGCUCAGAAAGCCUUACAUGCUCUGGGUGUAGUGGUUACAGCCACAGAGACAUCUACAAUCGAUCAGAAAAGAGGUCAGGAGACAGUUUCCACAGGAACCAACAGAACUGCAACUGUUGGAGGAGAAGGAGCUGAGGCUACACUACAAGGGGGUCCGAUUCUCACUAAACAUGGGAAAAACCCUGUUAUGGAGCUGAAUGAAAAGAGGCGGAGUCUGAAGUAUGAGGUUGUCUCUGUACGUGGACGAUUUAACGACAAGAUCUUCACCAUUGAGGUGGAAGUAGAUGGACAGAAGUUUCAAGGUUCAGGGUCUAACAAGAAGUUAGCCAAGGCAAAUGCAGCCCUGGCUGCCCUAGAGAAACUUUUCCCCAACGACAAUCCUGAGAUCCAGAAGAAAAAGAAAUUCUCCAACGCACCAGUCACUUCCUCUGGGUUCUCAGUCAGUGGUGAGUUGAACACUGCAAGUUCUCAGGAAGAACCGAGUAUUUCACACACACACACACAGGUCUACCAGGCCGUCCCUCCACCCACCAGUGGCUACUACAGCCAGCACAGCCACGAGUACGGCCAGUACAAGAAGAACACACAGAACCCAAACCAGAGUCAGAACCCAAACCAUAACCAAAACUCUGGGCAGAAGCAGGAGUCUCUAGUGGGACCUGAUUAUGGAUACGGCUACCAAAACACGCAGAACUACAGCUAUGGGGUGUAUUCUAAUCAGUCCACAUUUGGGACCAGUGGAACUGGAGCAGAGAAUUAUGGGUAUCAGCAGAGCGCCUACCCAAACCUCGGUGGUUACAGCAGUGGCAACACAAACUACAGCUACAAAUGAACAUUCUGCACAUGUGGCAAAGCUUCUGUUCACACACUGUCAGGUUUCCAGGGGAUGAAGCUUCAUACUGAUAUUUCUGAAAUCAUUUUCAGUCUCGUGUCCCAGGAGCUUCACCGCGUACCACAUGCUUUGUCGUAAAAGGUAGCGCUUCCUCUGAUCCCAUUCACUCAAUAGUCCUGUGGGCGGAGCUUCUUCCAUCUCCGUUAAUAAAGACUGAUGUAUUUGAGGGUGUGGUGAAGACUCGCUGCUCUGUUCAGUAAAUAGUUUUUGUGCACACUGCUGUUUGGAUUUACAUUUUCACCACUAUUGUUUUUUUUGAGUGUGUGAUUUUGUUUAUCGAUGUUCUGGUGUAUUAGCAUGUUCCUCUUUAGCGUGUCUGUUAGCAUGACUUCUGUUAACCUUGGAGCUCAUGUGCGUGAUUCAGGCUGUCCAUGUGAGAGGGGAGGAAGUGCUCCAGCCUCUUCUCUUAGUAAUUACAUACUAUAGCCUUGCUAAGUGUGUGUGUGUGUGUGUUUGUGUGUGUGUGUGUGAAGUUGAGAAUCUGCAGUGUUAUUAAUAUUAAUGUCUUUAAUCCCAAUGGUGAGAAUUUAGUUUAGUUUCUCUUCCUGCUUGAAUCAGACUUACAUGAAUUUGCUCCUGUCUAAAGAAUAAUUGUUUUCUAUUUUUAAAGCAAAUAUUUUUUGUAAUUUUAACAUUUUCAGCAGUCCACCUUCUGUAGUCACACUAUUAAACCCUAAUGAAUGAA